AUGGGCCUUGGGGAGGAUGGUGAGACCAAGUUGAAGGAUACACACAAGGAAUGGACAAAGAAUUACCUGACAAAGAGUUCUGGAAGAAAGAAGUACCUGAAAGAUCUUGCUCGUGAACUUUGUGACCUCAACAUGAAAAGACGCACUCAAAAUGCUGUAGGCCUACACUCAAAAUACGUUACAGCAUUAUCAACUUUUGGGUAUGAGUGUAAUCAAAAUCUAGGUGCUGUGAGCAGAGGAAACAACGUUACGGAGCCGCGCCGGAAAGUAACACGUGCAGCUGUGCAUAACUGCCAAAGAAAUGACACAGUUGCUUAUGCGCCAGAAGCAAAGACCCCCACAACUCCAGCAGUGCCGCAUCCGCUGCUCGCGCCUCCACCAAGGGCGCGCCUGCCGUCGUCGUCGCCACAGCCGGUCCGGUCACCUGCACCAGACGGGCGCCUCUCGCCGCCUCCAUGGCCCCACCUCCGGCCGCCACUGCCGCCACCAUGUUCCUCCACAGUGCCAGAACCGAUGGAUGCUGAGGCUGCCAUCACGCCGCCACCGCCACCACCAUGUUCCUCCGUGGUGCCAGAACUGAUGGAUGCUGAGGCUGCUGCCAUACCGCUGCCACCCAUGGAGGUCGUUGCUCCGCCUCAUCCGAGCAUACCCAGUGGCGGUGCGCAGUCCGGGCAGGUUUUCCACGGGGCGUUUUCUUCGCCCCCUCGCAAGCAAUUAAGGGUCGCAGAUGGAUAG